CUUCUUCAGUAUGAGUCAGUAUUCCAGUGUGGCAUGUUGUGUGUCCCGUAUCUCGCCUCGCGUGGUGUCGAUUCUGUUUCCCGUGCCUGAAGAAUAAUUCAAAUUUGAUGGCAGUAGAAAUUAUUGCUUUGUGAGGAGUCAGUGCGUCGCGUUUGUGAUUUGGCGUUCGUGGGUGGUUUGUUCGUUGAAUUAUAGUAAAUUUGCGUGUCCUCGACGACCGCAAGAUGAAGGCAAAGUGCAAAAUUCGCAUCUGAAACUACCCAGAGGAGAAAUAAAAUUGGAUCGGAUCUGAAUAUUGUCCGCCGUCGUCGUCGUCGACGGGAGCGAGAAAGAGUGGGGUGUGUUGCCCGUUUUGGAAACGUGUGUCGGUGCGAGGGAGAGAGAGUGGCAGCCAGCGGUUGUUCUCUUGUGUGUGCGAAGAGUGUUUUCUUCUUGACAACGGGGUCGUCGGUCGUGCCAAGGAGGGGAGGGGAACUUCGACGACGGGGCGUUUCUCCUUCUCUGUUGAUUGUGUUGAUUUGAAAAAUUUAGUGAAAGGAAAUUCCUUGUCGAUUUUAAUUCUGUGCUUUUUAUCAAUUAUUUUAUACGCAAAUAUACCACAAGAGUCCAGUUAAUGAAUGAUUAAGCUGUGAUCAAUUUUGAGAAGAUUGGCAGUGCAAUUAUUAUUGAAUGGAAUAGUGUUCAUGGUAUUUUAAACUGGAAGCAAAGUUUGUUCCAAGGAUAUCGAGACAAUCCGGCCGAAAAAUCGCGGCCAAUUCCAAGUGACAACGCACAGUUGCUGUUUUUCUACUGAAGACGAUCACCAGAAUCAACACAACCUACAAAAUGGGUUGGGGAAUCGACCUUUGGGAUCAGUACGAGAACCUGGCGACGCACACACAGAAAGGGAUUGAUUUUUUAGAACGAUAUGGUAAUUUUAUUCGUGAUCGCAGUGCCAUCGAAGUCGAAUACGCCGGAAAGCUAAGGCGGCUUGUCAAAAACUAUCAACCAAAAAAGAGCAAAGAAGACGAUGAAAAUGAAUUCUCCUCCUUCCAAGCGUUCAAAUGUGUCCUCAAAGAAGUGGCGGACCUCGCCGGUCAGCGGGAAGUGGUCGCCGAAAACCUCCAGUUACAAGUCCUCCAGGGCAUCAGUCUAUUGGCCAAAAACCUGCGCGACGAGCGCAAAAAGUCCCUCAACGAGGGCGCUCUGCUCACACAGAACCUCAACAGUCAGAUAGCGGCUCUGGACCGAGCGAAACGAAACUACGAGAAGGCGUUUCGAGAGGCAGAAAAAUCUAUCGACAGCUACCAGAGGGCGGACGCUGACCUGAACCUGAGUAGGGCCGAGGUGGAAAAGCAGCGAAACAACAUGAACAUCCGCUGCGGUCAGUCAGAGGAUGCGAAAAACGAAUACGCCAACCAGCUGCAAAAGACCAACAAACUGCAGCAGACACACUUUGAAUCGUCGUUGCCAGAGGUUUUCAACCGAUUACAAGAGCUGGACGAGAAGAGAACACGAGGACUGAAGGAAUUCAUUAAGGGUGCAGCGGACGUGGAAUCGGCGGUGGCACCCAUCAUCGCGAGGUGCCUCGAGGGCAUGGUCAAAGCGGCGGACGCCAUCAACGAGAAGGAAGACUCGCUAAAAGUCAUAGAAAAGUAUCAAUCGGGCUUUCAACCUCCCGGGGAUUUGCCAUUCGAGGACCUCUCGAAAGCGGACUCCGACACCUCCAACAAUUUCCAAACCUACACCUCAACCGCACGACUGAAUCACCUCACGGCGAAGGGUACGACGUCGCAGAAGCUGAAAAAGCGCGUUGGGAUCUUCGGAUACUUUGCCAGCAAUAAGAUUGUUGAAGCCUGCAUCCAAGUGAAGAACAACCUCUCCACGGACGGUAUGAAGGAAGAUUUCAGUGAUCUACCUCCAACGCAGAGGCGGAAAAAGCUGGCCGGGAAAGUGCAAGAGCUGCAGCAGAAGGUGGCGCAGGAGCAGGCCGCCAGCGAAGGACUGAUGAAGAUGAAGGGAGUCUACGAAGCCAACUCUUUGCUUGGCGAUCCACGAUCUGUGGAGGAACAACUGAACGAAUCGGUCAACAAGCUGGACAAACUGCGGAUGGAACUGCAGCGGUACCAGAAACUGCUCGAUCAAGCCAACAGUCAAACCAUCGUGCAGCACAGUCCACAAGCGAACCGGGUGAUACAGAACGGGCAACGGUCGUCCAGCCUUUCAAAUUACAGACAUUCCAACGGGAGCAACCACCACGACCACCACAAUGAUGACCACGGCGAAGAUCACCCCGACCACGACGCUGGCAGUUUAAGCAGGUCAGCAUCAGAGAGUAGUGUACAGCAAGCGCAAAAUGGGCUUAAUAUUAACAAUAACGGUAGUUCAGCCAGUCCGGAAAGUGGUCUCGGGACGUCCCACACGUCACUGCCCGGUUCCGGUCAGGGUAGCACCAACGAUCAGCCCAUCAACGACGAAAUGUAUUACGAAGCGGAAGCUUUACCACCUCUAGGAACCUGCAAAGCCCUGUAUCCGUUUGAUGCGACGAGCGAAGGAAGCAUUCCAAUGUCGGAGGGUGAGGAACUGCUGGUAAUAGAACUGGACCAGGGAGACGGUUGGACCCGAGUGCGGCGGUUAUGUGGUCCCAAUGGAUGGGAAGAAGGAUUUGUUCCAACUAGCUAUAUUGAAAGUACGCUCUAUGCGUAGUGUUGAUCACAACGCAUCAUCGAAUCAAAAAGAUACGCAAGUCGUAAUGGUAAGCGAUAUUAGUAUCGAGUUUUAAAACAGUCAACUGUGCACGUUAGUGGCCACAAAUGCAAAACUGUGUUGACAAAUGUUGACGGACAACAAACGAUGCAUAAACUCCUGUAAAUAUCUAAAUAAAUUCCUUAAGAUAAGAAGUGCAAAAACUUGAAACAUAGAAAGCUACUAUGAAUGAGAUAGUAGGGCGCACCUGCCACUAAGCAUUCAGAGUUCAGAACCUAAUGAAAUCAAUUAACGUGUAAGAUUACGAUAAAUUAUUACUUAUGUAUUCGUUCUGGUAAAUGUGCAAAACGAUCAACUGCUCUGUUGCUUGUUUCAGAAAGUUUCUGCUUUCUUGAUUUGAUGAGCUAACGAAGGUACGAACUCCAAUUCGCCGUAUCGUUAACCAAGAAAACAUUAUUAUUACAGUAUACUUUAACAAUGCGAUAGUAGAUCAAUUUAGGUUAGUUAUAUGACAAAUGGUCUGUUUUUAUUCAAUUGUACGUGCGCCUGAGCGAAUGAUCGAGUCAAAAGGAAUGCUAGAAAUGCGAACAUCAAUGCUCAAAAUGAUAAGAUUUAUUUUUGUUUUAUUAAUUUUGUAACAUAAAAACACUAAAAAUCCAUUAACCAAUCAAAAAGCGAGAGAAGGAAUUGCCUGCCCAUUUCUUUCGAAAAAAUGUCGCUAACAUUGCCAUUAAUCAUUACAAAAAAAUGAGAAAAACAAACAAAAUUUAGAAGAGUCAUCUAAUUUUCCUUUCUUUGAAAGAAAUAUUGCGUAUUAAAAAGCUUCACCCAUAUCUAUGAAUUACAAAGUAAAAAAAAACUGUAUGACAACAAAGCAUAACUGCUACCUAUAACUAAAUCAGAUGUGAAGAGAAACAGAGCAUUAUAUUGUUACAAAACAUCAAUCAAUAGGCAUCUCACUACAAACGAAAAAAAAAAUAUGGUAAAACAAUUCUUACCUGAACACUCAGAAUUCCUUUAUUACCUAGCAGGAACGCAACGAUUAGGACUUCAUAGAUUGUUUCAAUCAUCUUCACAGCCCGAACCUCCAACAGACAUCCAGACCUGCAUUGGAACAUCAAAUAAACUCCAAACAACUAUUCAAUCGAA